AUGACGGAGACGCUUGCGAAGCCAAUCCGGGUGUGCGUGCUGGCCUCCUCCUACGAGGGCUCCGACAGCGAGCUGAAGGAGUACGAGGGGGAUUUGACGCAGACGCCGCAGAACUACUUUUGCUCUGCGGAUGCGAACUAUGCGUUUCACCUCGAGCUGAUCAAGAAGGCGACGGCGUACCGGCAGAUACGGCAGCUCGUCAUGUCCGGCAAGUUCGACGUCUUCUACAACCAGUGCGAUGGCGCUAAGGAUGAGGAUCGCGCCGGUGUUGAGGUGGUAGAGGCGCUGGCAGAGUUUAAAGUACCACACACCGGGGCCAUCGCCAAGUACUACGAGAUGUCGAAGCCGGAUAUGAAGCUGGUGGCGCACUACUACAACAUCGAAACCGCGAACUACGCGGUGCUUGAGCCGGGCGAUGAUAUAGAGAGUCUGUGCGGUCAUCUGGAGUUCCCCUGCAUCAUCAAACAUAUCUCUGGCUACAGCAGUGUUGGGAUGGACAAGAGCUGCAAGGUGUACGACAUGGCGCAGCUGGUGGACCGGGCGACGCGCUUCAUGGCAGAGUACCAGUUUGCCCUGGUCGAGGAGUUUGUCAGCGGCGAUGAGGCGACGAUCCUUGCCUGCAAUGACUGUACCCAGCCGGAGGGGGUGAGGGUGUUCCCACCUGUGCAGGUCACCUUUCCUGAGGGCGAGGACUUCAAGCACUUUCAGCUCAAGUGGGCUUCGUACGAGGGGAUGAAGUGGAAGCAAGUGCCCGAGAUGGAUCCGGCGCUACAGGAUAUGAUCAGCAUUGCCCGUUCCGCCUUCAAACGCAUGAUGGGCGGAAUCGGUUACGGCCGCAUCGAUGUCCGCAUUGACCGUCAGCGCAAUAACAAAGUUGUCUUCCUGGAGAUCAACCCCAACUGCGGCAUCAUGUACCCGUACGGUCAAGAGGGGUCUGCAGAUUGGAUUUUGCGACUCAACAAGGGCUUCCAGCAGCGCGACUUUGCCAUACUGCAGAUUCGUGAGGCGCUUGCCCGGUGUCAGCGGGAGCGCCUCUUGUACGUCCGUCGCUUUGACCCGGCGCGCGGCUACCACCUGCGCGCGGCGGAGGACAUCAGCGUUGGCACCACCAUCUUCCAAGACGAAUGCCGCCCCGUACGGUUGUGCACAAAGCCGUAUGCGCUUGAGCACUUUCCAAAGGAGGACUACUCGGACUUUCAGCAGAACGCUUGGCCAGUCGGGCGCGACGGCCACUACUACGCCCUGUGGGACCACGACCCAGCCCAGUGGCGCGCCUUCAACCAUUCCUGCGCGCCCAACAUGUCAUUUGCACCGAGGCGGUCGCUGAACGUCGUGGCGCUACGCAACAUACCAAAAGGCGAGGAGCUGACGAUGGACUACCGGCAGUUCAUGGACUCCACCAUGCCCGGGUUCCAGUGCAACUGUGGCACCGAGAAGUGCGAGGGAUACGUGUCACCAGGCUCUCUCAGCGACUCGCCAACAGCGAAGAUUGAGAGCCCGCCUACGGUGGCACCGCAGCACAGCGUUGCCAUGAAGUUGAACUCCGUCUAG